GGCUGUAGCGCCAGGUUUUACACACUGCACUCGAGACCAUAUGAGGUACCGGACGGAUUCCUGAAGUAGAUCUCAGUCUUGAAGUGAUUUUCUCCAGAAUCGAAGUGAAAAGGUCGUAAGAAGAAAAUAAGCUGUCGAAGAGGCAAUUUGCACUUAUUAAUCGUGCUUACAGUCCAUCAUUUAAGAGGAUUUUGGAAGUAUACGAGCCAAUAUGCAGAAUCUGUUGCUGCUCGUCUUAAGCGUGCUGUUGUGCUGUUAUUGCUCAGCUUUCUCUGCAUCUCUGAAAGCUCAAGAAGAGACCCAGACUCUAUUUUUAGGGGAAGACUUGCACAUCCCCAUUCCAGUGGAUAGAGCAGGUGUGUCAUUCAAGUCUUCAGUUGGUCAAGGAUCCGAAAAGGUGCUGAUGGCUGCUGGGAAGGCGGUAGAUCCUCGUGCCAAACUCAACGAUGCUUUAAGCCACCUAAUCUUGGAGAAUGUUGGAGAAACUGAUGAAGGAGUCUACACCAUCACAUCUUUCCAAAACACUGAGAAUGUUACACGCUUGACAUUUUAUGUUAGAGAUUGUUAUAAUGAGGUCCUGGUCAAGUAUGGUUCAGAUUUUUACGUAGUGCUGAGUGAUUUUUCAGAGCCGCUUCAAGUGGGGUUUCGUAACAGUACAGUGGAAGCCAAUCAAACCUCGGUGAAGCCUGUGGAACUGCUGAAUGAUAAAGGGAAACCCACAGAGAAUUACAAUGGUCGAAUUAAUGUGACAGCUCAAAAGUUCACCCUUCAGGCUGUCACAGGCGCUGAUGAAGGUAGUUACACCUUCAGAGCCGGUGGGAAAGAGCAGAAGAAGAUCUGCCUAAAAGUGAAAGCACAUCAAGUAUUUGUCACCCUUACAUAUGGUGGCACUCUGAAAAUAAAUCUUCACAUUAAUAGUUCCUUAGCUCGCCUGUUCUACACCCCUAAGUCUGAUAAGACUGGUAAGUAUGUGAUUCUGGAGAGUGGAGAGCUCAAAAUGCCUCCUAAUCUGAAUUUCGAGAAUCGUCUCUCUUUGGAGGAGUCUGUCUGCGUGCUGACGGGGUUGAAGGCCAGCGAUGCCGGAGUUUUUAGUGAGACUGACCUUCACGGAUUCCACGUGUCUGAAGUCUACCUUGAGGUGGAGGAAUACAGGCUUCCUAAUCUCUUCAUUGCCAUCAUUGCUCUGGUGGCAUUACUGGUGCUGCUGCUGUUGGUGUGUUUGAUCUCAUGUUUGAUUAAGAUACGCAAACGUGCAGCGAAGGCCAAAGCCACUGAGGAAAACACAGACAAAGCGGAGGGAGAUGCGUUUAGACAGGUUGUGAAAGAUGCCUGUACCAAUCAGAACGAGGAAGCCCCAGCCCUGUCACAGAAAGAGGACAUCACUGAGAAAUCACAGAGCACAGAGGUCAGCAUUAAGGGUUUGGAGGUGUCAACUAAAGAGCCAAGUCUCCAGGAAAGGAAUCUUGAGACCAGUGACUCUGGUGUAGGCUUUAAUACCUCUGGGCUUCCAGUUGACAGUGAUACAGAUGUUCAAACGGCACCCAUAGAUUCUGAUGUAUUAAGUUCCUCUGCCGCCCCGUCACUUAAAGCAGAUCCAGAGCCAAAGUCUGCCCCCUCACCUCCAAAACCAGCACCAACUUCUGAUCUGAAACCAGCUCCCGUGGCCAAGUCGACUGCUCCUCCUCCACCUUCUCCUGAACCCAAAGUAACACCUGAAUCCAAACCUGCUGUGACACCCGAGCCAAAACUGACCCUCUCAUCAACACCCGAAACAAAAGCAACCUUGACUCCAUCACCCGAACCAAAGCCAGCUGUGACACCCGAACCAAAGCCAGCUGUGACACCUGAACCAAAGCAAGCUGUGACACCCGAUCCAAAACCAGAGGCCACCAAACCAAUUCCGAGCCCAACUCCUGAAGCCCCCAAAACAUUAACACCAACACUCGAUGCCAAACCACCCACUACUCCAGAUGCCAAACCAGCAGUUUCGCCUGCUCUUGAGCCAACACCAGCUAAAGUCAGCACCCCUGAACAGAAACCUGCUGUUAGCCCGACUCCUGAAGACCCCAAAACAUCGACCAUCACUCCUGCACCUGAUCUGGAUUCAACCCCUGAGCCUAAAGCCUCUUCACCUGCUUUGCAUUCUAAACCACCCGUCUCACCGGUUCUCGACCCAAAGCCAACCACAAACGGUACUCCCGAAUCCAAGGAUGACAUUUCUCCUAAGCUUGAUGUGAAGACCACUGAGGCACCAGCAUCUACCCCUCCUAAAUCUCCUGAUACUGGGAAAAGCUUGCUCAAAACUCCCGAGGUCAUAUCCAGUGGAGGUCUUUCUCCAGAGGGAAAACUAGACUUGGCUUCUCCUAGUGACAGUGCACCUCCUUCCAGCACUGAUGGAGCUGCACCAACUGAGAUUUAAACCGUAGCCUCUUUCCUGCCUCCUCUGAGUGUAUUAACCACCACAGACAAUCGAGACACUUGACUUACCAACAAAGAAGAGCUAAGUGACUUCCUAAGUGGGUGGGAUUCUUACGUCUUUUAAGUCUCACUUUUAAUACGAUUAGCGUGCAUCAAAAGAUAUUUACACUGUCAGUUCACUCAGUUUACUAAUAUUUAUUCACCCUGUGACAGUAAAGUGUAACACGUUAAAUACAGAGAUAUAGCACCACUGGCUAAUUUUACUCAGAGGGGUGAAUUCACUAAACAGUUACACCAUUUUUACGGUGCAAAAGGCUUAACCAGGCGCUCCAUGUAAUUUUGUAAUUUAGGUUUGUUUAAAGACUUUAUACGCUGUUGCAAUUAUUAUUGUGCUGUUACCACCAGUGAAGCAGUUUAAAAGAGAUGUUUGCGUAGGUUUUCUGACAAGCGUGACAUGACUAAUUCUUCAAAUUAUGAUAAAACGAUUAGAAGCGUGUUUCCUGCAUUUAGCUGAGCUGAUUCAGAUGCUUGGACUGCAGUAUUGUAUAAUGCAGUAUUGUCCCAGUAAAGUAUGCCAUGGCAUUGUGCCACAACAUUCAUACAACCUAGCACUCCUAACACAUACCGGCCUGUGAGAUUGAAAGAAAUAGCAGCAUGCAAAUUGCAUCACUUCUUUCGUGAAUAAUGGCCUGUUUACACCAGGUAUUAAGAUGCAUUUUGUCGAUUAGAUCACAAGUGGACGGCACUAAAUAAAGGCGUUAACCUGAUGUAACAUGUUUUGAGCUUGUGCCCUUAAGACACUCGUGCACUUUUGAGGUAGUUGAAAACGCAUUCAACCGGAGUGCUUUUGUGGUGUAGAUGCUCAUGUGGUCAAAUGUGUUCGAGCACCCACAAAAGGCUACCUACUGACCUUAGGGUGCGCUCUCCGGAAGUCGCAUUUCAGUUAAAUACAUUAUAAAAUUAAGAUUUAUUCCCCUUAAGACAUAUAAUCAUUGUAGUUUCAUUCUUACAUUAAAAUGUAAUGGUUGCUUUUUUUAAAAUAGAACCUGAAAUAUUAGACCUCAAUGACAUUUGCGGUCAACCAAUGCGACUUCCGGAGGGUGCAACCGAAAUCCUGGCCAGGACGUGUCCGGCAAGAUGGCACAAUGUUUCCUCCUCUCACCCAUAGACCAUCCCAAAGAAAUCAGGAAAGAAGCGGUUGAAAGUGGACAAAAGAGACAUGUUUAUUUCUCGUUUACUUGUGAUCUGCCUGAUUGAAGCGCAUCUUAAUACCAGCUAUAAACAUGACCUCAGACACCAAAGGAAACGCAAAUGGUUCUUAGUGAAUUCCCCCUCAAUAAGGGAGGCUGUCGGGGCUUUUUAUGUGUAUAAAAACAAACAUCCCAUCCUCGUACCUGCAUGAAGAUAGGGAGAAAAUAAAUUUGAUCAUCUGUUCCAUAAUCCUAACUUUCUGCGGUAAAACUUAGGAAAAGUGCACAGAAUGUUAAAUCUUUACAAGAUUAUUUUGACCAGUAGGCAAAUCCAAAGUUCAACAUUGAUGCUGUUGAGUGAUUUGUUAGAAGAAAGCCGGCAAGAUAGCCUUGUUUCUGAAGAGUUUUCUUGUUUCAGCGAUUACUAUGAAUAGUGCAACACUCAAUAUGGCCACUCUGGUGUCCCUCCUUCAAGUUAAAAGAACCAAUCAUCAAUCGAUAAAGACUGAUGAUUAUCUGGGGGAGGGACUCUUUACAGGGUGAGGCGUUUGCCAACUUGUGCGCAUUCCAGUAGCUGAAGCGACAUUGAAAAAAUUGUGUUUUGGUACAGUUGAUUUCAGGCUUAAUUGUUGUUUGGAAACAUGUUAUUUAAUUGUGAUUAUAGCACAAUAUUCUGUCCUUCCGCAUUGAAGUAAAUAGGACUUUAGUUUUGCACGACUAAAAUGACUGCCCGGAGGCACUGGAAACAUGGCCGCUUGUGGCAUGACUUCCUAAAAGGGAGUUUGGUCCAACCCUUGAAAACAUUGGUCUCGCGGAUGUUCUUCAUGGAUGUGACAAUGCACAUUUCCUGUUCAUUUAGUAUUACAAGAGUUGUUGAAAUAUGUGACACUGGACCGCAAAACCUUAAUAUUAAGUAGCACAUGUAUAUUUGUAGCAAUAGCUAACAAUAAAUUGUGUGGGUCAAAAUUGAUGAUUUUUCUUUUAUGCCCCAAAUAAUUGGAAUAUUAAGUAAAGAUCAUGUUCCAUAAAGAUAUUUUGUAAAUUUCCUAUUGCAAAUGUAUCAAAACUUUAUUUUCUCUGUGUGGAUGCAGUUGCUAAUGACUUCAUUUAGACAACUUUAAAAGUAUUUAGAUUUUUUACACCCGCAGAUUCCAUAUUUCAAAUAGUUGUAUCUCAGCCAAGUGUUGAUAAAAAAAAACAUACAUCAAUGGAAAGCUUAUUUCCAUUAAAGAUGAUGUAUAAAUCUCAAUUAUUUUUGGUUUUGUGGUCCAGUGUCACAUAUAUGCUUCUGUGAAGGAAAUGUGUUUUGGGGGAAUAUAGAUCUGAUAAGUUUAAUGUUCUAAAUGGGUUCUAUAUUGAAGUCACCAUGGUUACUUAACUGAUAAAAUAGGAUUAAGGGUUAGGAUGCUUCCAUAAUACAGGCAUAGAUUAAAUAAUCUCAGUGGUAUGGCAGAAAAUGUUUCUGUUAUCUCAUCUGUUAUCAGUGAUUCUUCUUAUCAGUUUUAAAGGUUUCAGGAUGUGUAUCCCAUGUAAGCAGAUCUGUUGAUUCUAGAUGUUUGAGUACCAGUGGAUGUGCUUUAUAAGAUCUAAAUUAUCUCCAUUACUUCUGGGAAAUCCACAAUGUUGACUCACAUGCCAGUUUACAUACAGUACAGUAUAUUCCAGGUGUCUCCAGUGGAACCUGAACACCACUGCCUGUUAUACAGUAUGUCUAGGAUCCUGCUCGUAACACAGAGGUUGUGGAAGCAGAGAUUUAUAAGUGAGUUUGAAUAUAAACUAUCUUAAGGUUUGUGGGUAGAUUUCUUAAAUGCGGGGUGACCUUUGUCUCACAUUAUAGCUUGAUUAAAUCUGAAUGGCAUUGUAAGGACCACAUAUUUUGGCGAAGCACAAAAUACUUGCGAUUGAAGGUUUACAGUAGUCGAUUAUUAAUUUGAAUGACCAGGCGAUGCCUUCCCCUACAAACCGCCAAAAUAUGGCCUUGCUCUUCCAAGCGAAGUUUUAAUAUCAGUGCAAUGACUUGAAAGCCAUACGGCUUUAACAUCUCAUAAUGUAAAUAUUACAAAUAUUAAAUAUAUUCAAAGUACACAGUUUCCCCCCUAACAUAAUAGACUUUAUGACCGACAAGGCAGGCUUAUAAAUGUAAUCCUGUCUAAAAAUGAUUGUAUGCACACACGUGUGUUUUGUGAUCUAAAAACAUCUAAGCAAUAUACAGUAUGCACAGAUACACGUGUGCAUAUAAUGAAAUAAUAGCUGGUCUUCGAGUAUGUAUUGUGAAGUACCAGGUUAUUUCAUUACUCACAAGCAUUCACUGUAAAGGGUUUUUUCUUCUUUAUGCAAUAAAACCCCAAUAAACCUAGCGUAGUAUCACCAUCAUGCUCCCCUGUGACCAGGCUUCUGACUAAUCGCAUUGGCUGUAGAUGUAAGUGAGCUUGAUUUCACAUGCCCUAAUUUUUGGUCUCCAACAAAAUGAUGUCAUGGUUAAGUGCAUCCCGGUAAUGCGCAUCACACAUCUUUCCAGGCAAAGUCAAUAUUCAUCUGGUUGCUUGCUGAAUUGACGGCAUUAUAUAGCAUUAGAUCACCUCCAAGAAUCGCAUGAAUUAAGAAACUGUACCUUCAAGACACUGCCACUAAUAUAUUAAUCUUGAAUCAUGAUUACUGUAUGUUUUUGUAUUUGGUGUGUGACACGUUGUGCCCUUGGUAAUUCGGUUGUGUUUUCUGUGUGCGUGUUUGCGCAGGUGCAUUAUGGGAUUUACCCAUGUGCAUGCCCAUAGGUAGUCAUUCUGGGCCCCUUAAUUGUCAUGGGUUACCCCGGUAGCUACAGCCCUGCCUGUGAGAGAUUAUAGAUGUUAUUCACCAUUGGCGACAUCAGCAGACCUAUAAGUAUUUGUAAAUGUGCAUGUGAGUAUGUUGUGUGUGUGUGCGCGUGUCAGUGUGUUAGUAAAGCAGCAAUGUUGAUUGGAUAGAUGUAAUUUAAUGCAUUUAGCAGUGUCUUCUAUCUUUCUCUCUCUCUCUCUAUCACUCUCUAUCUCUCUCUCUCUCUCUCUCUCCAGCCUGCUAGUAAUGGCCUUUCUUUCUAAAUGGUAUUAAAGCAGGUUCAGUAUAAGAGAGUUACAAAUGCUUUGCUUUUCAUUAAGAUUUAAAUCAGAAGGGACUCUUUGCAUUGUAAUACGAAAGCCGUUCGUGACUACUAAAUUCUGUUUUGAUACUAAGACGGCCCCAUGCUGUUUGUGAUUUUGACUUAAUCCACACUCAAGACUAUGCCAUAUGGAGUUUGUCAAUGCAUGCAAUAGAGUUGAGCUCCCAUAGUGUUUAUCUGUGCUAGUGCGAUCAUGCAUUUGUAAAGUAGUGCGUAUAUCUAUAUAAAAAGUCUGAUUUUCAUAUACACAGAGAGCACUGCUUUUGUAAGUCUCCUUGUGUAUAGAUUCGAUAAUUCCAUUGCCUAAAAGUACCAAUGUUAUACAAAAAAAUAAACCGUUUUAUUGUUUAUCAACCUGUAUCUCUUCAUUUAUGUAUGGAAUAGACCUGAUUGGUCCAAGACAAAUUCUUAAAAAGUAUUAGGAGAGUUACCCAGAAUUCGGUGGGUGUACUAUGAAAUGAUCUUUUAAAGGGACACUCCACUAUUUUGAAAUAGGCUUAUUUUCCAGCUCACCUAGAGUGAAACAUUUAAUUUUUUAGCGUUUUGGAAUCCAUUCCGCCGAUCUCCUGGUCUGGCGGCACCACUUUUAGCAUAGCUUAGCAUAAUCCAUUGAAUCUGAUUAGACCAUUAGCAUUGCGCUCAAAAAUAACCAUAUUUUUUUUAUUUAUUAUUUAAAACUAGACUCUUCUGUAGUUCUGUAAUGUUAUUACGCAGUGCCCAAAAAUGAUCCCCUUGGCUACUUUUAAUAGCAGGGAACUAUUUUCGGGUGCAGCAUAAUAUCAUUGCGCCUCCUGCAGCCGUGUUACGGCAGCAAAGUCCUUGAUUAUUACGCUAGAAUGAGAGUAUAGCUCCCUAGCCAUAUCGGCCUGAAAAAUUGAACAUUUUAAUUUUCCGUCGGUCUUAGUACACGAUGUAAUGACAGAAGAGUCAAGUUUUAAAAAAGGAAAAUAUAUUGAAACUCUUUGGUUAUUUUUGAGUGCGAUGCUAAUGGUCUAAUCAGAUUCAAUGGAUUAUGCUAAGCUAUGCUAAAAGUGGUGCCACAAGACACAGAGAUCGGCUGAAUGCAUUCAAAAACUGAAAAAAAUCAAAUUUUUGACUCUUGGGGAGCUGGAAAAUGAGCCUAUUUUCAAAAAAAGUGGAGGGUCCCUUUAAGGUUGAGGAAAAUUAGUGGUGAGAAUGCAUGAAGAAUGAGAAGAUACAGUACAUCUGUGCAUCCUCUCCUUAUUCCAACUUCUAGUGAUGCUUAAUGGUCUCUGUUCUUUCUUUUUGCACAAACAUGUUUAAGAUUUUGUAAAGAAAAGUGAUACAGUGCUUUAUUUCAUGCCUAAAAACGACA